UUCUUAACUUUAUAACUUCAACUUCUGGAAUACUAGGUUCACCAUUUUGUUGUCGGGUAUUUUGUAGUUGGAUGUUGGCUGUUUAGAUAGUUUUAUUUAUGUUUGUACACUACAAUAAUGUUCAGAUAUUUUAUUGUUACUCUAUACUAUUUCAGUUAAAAUUGUGUGUGUUUCUUGUCAGGAGGUGAUAGUUGGUUUCAUAGUACAAAUAUUAACAGUUCAGUUUACCUUAAGGAGAUGUCUACAGAUCCUUCUUUGGUUCCACCUGGAACCUUACCUACUACAUUCAUUCCAACCACAUCAGCAGGGAAUGUCGGUUAUAUGGUCAUGUCUUAUCCUGGGAGACCACCUAUGGUACCAGGAAUACCUAUGCCCCCUGGAAUGGGAAUGCCAUAUAUGCAAAUAGGAGCUCCACCUCCUCUCAUGCCAGGAGUGCCUAUGCCAAUGGGUCCGAUGAUGGGUGGCCCUCCUCUUGCACCUAUGGUACCCAGGCCUUACAGGCCGACUCCAGUUACAACAUCUGCCCCUCCUAGACCAAAAGCAGCACCUCCUGUGCGCUAUCUUCCUCCUCAGCCUGAUGGCCCGUCAGUAACUGUUUUUGUUGGCAAUAUUACUGAGCGUGCUCCAGAUCAAAUGAUACGUUUUAUACUUUCUGCUUGUGGUCAUGUCACUUCUUGGAAGCGUGUUCAAGCAUUCGGUUUCUGCGAGUUUGGAAAUCCUGAUGCUGGGUUACGUGCUAUCAGGCUGCUACAUGACUAUGAAAUAGCUGGGAAAAAGCUUGUUGUCAAGGUUGACGCAAAGACCAAAACAGUUCUUGAGGAAUAUAAGAAUGAAAAAAGGAAAAAAGCUGGUAGUAGUUCACCUUUACAGGAUGAAUCAGUAGAUGAGGAUGAUUAUAUGGAUGAUGAUAUGAAAGCCACUGACAAAGCAGCUCUUGAUAGAAUAGCUAUGAUCUUAUCAGAUUAUGAAAAUGAUAUCAAGAACUAUGUCCCUCCUCAAAAUGAGGAAGUCAAACCAGCUCCUGAAAUAAAAUUACCUGUUCCUACACCUCCUGUGAAACAUGAUGGAGCUAUGUCAGUCGAUUUGACAGAUGCAAAUAUUGAGGAUGAUAGAAGAGACCUUAUAACACGAGAAAUUGGAAAAUUUAGAGAAAUAAUGAAGAAACAGGAGGAAGAGAAAGAGGUGGAACGUAAAAAGCGGGAGGAAAAAGAAAGGGAAAGGCGCAGUGAUAGGUCCCCAGCUAGCAGCAUCAGUCGCAACCGUUCACCUAUUCAUGAUAGAUCUCCAGCUUCUCCUGCUGAAACAGUUCGACAUCGAAGUCAUAAGUCAAGCAGACAUAGGACCAAAUCAAGAUCUAGGGAGCGGGACCGUGAAAGAGAACGAGACAAGGAAAGAGAACGAGAUAGGGAUUCUGAGCGUCCUAGAGAAAGAGAACGGGAAAGAGACCGAGACAGAGACAAAGAACGGGAUAGCAAAUCUGAGAGAGAUCUUCUUAGAGAAAAGGAGGAGGAGGAGGAAGCUAAAGAACGCAAAAAGCAAGAAAGAAAGGCACGAGAAAAGGAAGCUGCUUAUCAGGAACGAUUAAGAGCAUGGGAGAGUCGAGAGAGGCAUAAAGUCAAAGAAGCCCUCAAGGAAAAAGAAAAAAAGAGGUUAAAAGAAGAAGAGAGAGAAAAGGAAGCUAAAAGACUGAAGGAGUUUUUAGAAGAUUACGAUGAUGAAAGAGAUGAUAUUAAGUAUUAUAAGGGAAGAGAACUGGCCAGGAGAUUAGAAGAACGUGAAAAAGAGAUGGAGAUAGAUGCUAAAGACCGACAAAAAGAAAAGGAAGAGUUAGCUGAAUUGAAAGCCAAAAUAUUUGCAGGAAAUUCAGAUGAUCCUAAUGCAGAAUUUGCUAAGGCAAUGAAAGCGCGGGAAGAAAUGUAUAAACCAAAAAUAAUUGUUAACAUGACAGAAGAGAGGAAGGUUCAAUCUGUUGAAAAGGAAAAAGAGAGGGAACGAAUAGAAGAAGAAGAAGUACAAAAACGACGCAAUAGUCCAGAAGAUGAUGACGAUAGAUCUGGAGGAGCAAGCCCUGCAAAUCCUUCACCAAUUAGUAAUGGCUCAAGUCCUGGUAUACCUCCUGAAACCAUCAAGCCAGUUCCUCAUCCUAAAGGGCACUCUUCACCUUCUGAUCGCAAGAAAAAGAAAUUAGAUGUCAAAGAAGUAUUCAAUAACGAUGAAGAUGAAGAAACUAUAUCUACAAACAAGAAAAGGAAACUCGUACCUUUAGACUAUAGUGAAGAAAAGAAAAAAGGAAAUGGUAAAGAAAUUAGCGGAAAAGAAAAAGAACCAAUUCAAGAGAUGGUUCCAAUACAACAAAACAAUAACAAAGAGGACAAAAAAGAAGAGCAUGCCAAGAGCCAAGAAGAAAAACGAAAACACAUUAAAUCUCUCAUUGAUCGAAUUCCUACUGAUAAGGCAGCUUUGUUUUCUUAUAUUCUUGAUUGGGCUGCUGUUGAUAAUCAACUAAUGGAACGUAGAAUCAGGCCGUGGAUUAAUAAGAAAAUAAUUGAAUAUAUUGGUGAACCUGAGCCAACUCUGGUCGAUUUUAUUUGUUCUAAGGUUUUAGCUGGAAGUGCACCGCAAGGAAUCCUGGAUGAUGUCCAAAUGGUGCUUGACGAAGAAGCUGAAGUUUUUGUUGUGAAAAUGUGGCGCCUGCUUAUCUAUGAAAUAGAAGCAAAAAAAUUAGGUUUAGUGAAGUGACUAUAUUGCAAUGAACUAAGAAGGGAGGAGUUGAAAAAUACGUUUUGUAAUUCUUAUAAUUUAGAAAAUGUACAAUAUUAUGAGUAACAAUUUACCACUCAAGUUAAUUAUAGUGCAGUGCUAAGUGGUAAUAGUGAAUCAGUGUUUUAACUGAAUUGAAUAUAUUAAAUUAUAUUAGCAUUUGUAAUAUAUUGGAUCAAACAAGAACUUUCGUUCUGUUCGGUAAGACAGUGUACAUAUUAGGUAUAUUAAUUUUAUUACUUAACAGAAUUGAAAGUUUUACAUGUGUAAUUAGACCAUAUGUAAGAUCACACUGUUUUAAUUUAUUGUUUACAGUUAUUUUAUUUUAUGAUUUUUGAUCAUUUGAAUGAAAAAUGCAUUACAGCUGUAAACACACCACCCAAAUACAUACUCACACAUGUUUCUAUGAUGUAUGUGAUUUAAUAAGAUUACUUUUAAAACAUUGUAAUGUUAAUAAAUACAAAUAUUAGUUGACAAUAGUUCCUUUAUAAUUUAUUAAAGUAUUCCUGUAAAAUAUUCAUUAUUUUUCUUUAUGUUUCGCUUACAAUUUAUUUUAGUAUUCAUAAUAAAUCCUUGCAAUGUUAUGGUUACAUUAUUAUUUUUAUUGCUGUUUUGUUUAUUUUAUUUUGUUAUUAUUUAUUAUUUCUUUUUUUUUUUUUUUUUUUGUACUCAUUAAACACACAUAAAUGUUUUUGUUUUUUUUAUAUACCCUCUAGAAAUUUUACCAU